AUGAGUUUAACAGCAGCAGCUCUUUUAGGCGCAUCUCGCCGCCCUCACCUGCGCUACUGCUGCUGCUGCUGCUCCUUCUUACUCUUCCUUGCUGCUGCUGCUCUCUCUCUUAGCACCCUCCUGCUGUCCCCUGCCGACGCCCUGCAGCUGCUCCCACUGCAGCAGCAGAAGCAGCUGCUGCUACCGCUACAGCAGCAGCAGCAGGAGCAGUUUGCUGCUGCUGCUGCUGCUUCCAAGCCCCUCGCUUGGUGCAACAACUCACUAGGCAGGCCCAACACAAUAUCUUCAGGGCCCCUUCAUGGCAGCAGCAGCAGCAGCAGCAGCAGCAGCUCAGGACCCCCCCACUCUCCUCUAUGCUCACCAGCAGCAGCAGCAGCAGCAAGAGUAGCAGCAGCAAGAGCAGCAGCAAGAGGAUCGCUUGGAGCAGCUGCAGCAGGAGCAGCAGAAUCGAUGGCAGCAGCAGCAGCAGCAGAAGCAGCAGCAGUAAAUGGCACAGUAGCUGAUCUAUUUCCUUAUGGUAUUCCUCCUCCUCUCUCUGCUGCUGCAGCAGCAAACCCCAAGACAGCAGCAGCAUAUGACGAGGCGCAGCAAGUAAUAGAAAAAGAGAUGUGGCGUCUAUUUGAUACCCAGCAGCAGCAGCAGCAGCAGCAGCAGCAACAGCAGCAGCAGCAGCAGAAGGUGCUGACGGCGCAGCAGGUGCAGCAGCUAAUUGGAUUCUCUAAUGAUUACUGCAACGCAGCCAAGGUCUCAGGAGCAGCAACAGCAACAGAGUGUAUUGUUAAAAUGCUGUACGUCUAG